AGCAUCUGAUUGGAUAGGAAACUUGUUGUUCGCCGGACCGCCUGGCACUUCAAUGUUGACAGCCGAGCCAGUCUCGCUAGAGAUUUUAUUGAAAAGGAAAAUUAAUGAAUGUUUCUCUGAUAUACAAUAGACUAAACUAUUUGGCAAUGCCGUUUAGUAACAGCCUAAAUUGCUGUAGGACUAGUCUAUCAUGGCGGCGCUAGGAGCGGAACGUGGCGAGGCGUCUAAAGUCGAAGAGAAGAUAAACACACAGAAGACGGCCGACUCAUGGAAACGUCAUAUCAUCCGCCAACUCAAACAUCGGGAUAAGUAUCAGAAGACGAUGUUUCAAGAUGUCAUACUGGCAUAUAUAAAUCUCCUGGAGAAGUCCAAUCAGAGAGCCCUCAUCACGAAAGGCAUCCUGGGAUCUGGUUCAAGGUACCCAGCCUCCUCCUCCAACGAUUCCUUGACGUCUCUGAUUUCCAAGAAUGAUGAUCUGAAGAAAACAACUGGGGAG